AAAAAAAGAUGGAGUCUUUCUUUUACCAUUCGGUAAAUUACAUAGUUCGUCGCAAUCGGUCUUUUGCAAAACAAUCCUUCACCGAAGCCUUUUAUUUUGCCUGAGAUCAGGAGUAAAAUGGCCAAAGCAGCACAUACUCCGAGAAACAAACUUCUUCCUGGAGGGGUCAGUCGUCUCAGUCGAACUGCUGUGUACAAAAAACGUGCUUUGUACAAAAGAAAGAAGGUUCCAGUUAAAGCUAAAAAGGUAGAGGAACAAGCAACAAAAACCAAACCAGUUGGUGGUGAUAAAAAUGGCAAAGAACGUGUUGUUCCGGUACAAAAAGGAUCCAGAUUUUAUCCGACUGAAGAUGUUAAAAAGCCUUUAAAGAAUAGGAAGAACCCUACGAUUGCUAAAUUGCGUACUUCAUUAACUCCUGGAACUAUUGUUAUUCUACUUGCUGGAAGACAUAGAGGAAAGAGAGUUGUGUUUUUGAAACAAUUACCAACAUCUGGACUUUUAUUGGUGACAGGACCUUAUAAAGUUAAUGGUGUUCCACUUCGACGGGUACCACAAUCAUAUGUCAUUGCAACGCAAACGAAAAUUGAUAUCUCGAAAUUGACCAUUCCAGAGCGUGUAACAGAUGCCACUUUUCAACGUCAAGCAAAGAAAAAGCGUACUUCUGAUGGUAUGUUUGAAGACUCUACUGAGAGCUACAAGCCAAGUGAAGAAAGAAAGGCUGAUCAACAAGCCGUCGAUGAUAGCGUUCUAGCAGAAAUAUCGAAGGAGCCAAAUCUUCGCAAAUAUAUGCAACAGCUGUUCACUCUAAGAAAGGGACAAUAUCCUCAUGAAAUGACUUUCUAAUUCGGCAAAAUACACAGGAAAAGGA